CGCUGUUGCCAUGGCAGCGGUCUGGGCGCGCUGCUAAGGGUUUCGAGGGAUCCCAGGAGCCGCCGACGCCCUGGGGGAAGUUCUGUGAGCCGGCCAGACACAGAGCUGAGGCUGCGACGCCGGAGACAGGGAUGGGAGGGCCGCUUGCGGCCAGCCCUACACCUGAACCAGGAAGCCAGGAGCCAGAAAGCCAGGCAUCUGCACAAGCCCCAGACCUCAGAGCCUAGUGCGAGAGAUAAACAUAGUCAGUCACUCCAGCUUCAUGGGCAAACAUCUGUGAGAGCCCCAGGAGUUGUGGGGAUGGCACACCUGCUAGGCGGCCAGGCCUGCAUGGACAGCCUGCGCAAGGACCUCACAGACCUACAGGGCACCAUUGUGGAUGUGUUCUCCCACGCUGGGCCUGUGCGCUUCCCAUCCUGGAAGUUCCCUGACCGUGUGGCCUGUGACCUUGACAUGGUGGCCCUUCUGGAGCACUAUGACCAUGUGCCAGGUGACCCUGAGUUCACGCAGUUGUCCCAUGCUGUGCUGCUGGAGCUGGUCAUUGACAGGCUCCUGCUGCUGCUUCAGAGCUGUGCCAGCUACCUGGAAAACCUCAGUCUGGAUCAGAUGGUGCCUCCUGCCCGAGUUGCAGGGCCAUGCAUGUCUGUGGGGCUCACAGUGCGGCGCUUCUGGAACAACCUGCUGAGGCUGGGCAUGCUAUACCAGCAGGCAGUGCCCCAGAAAAGAGCAAACCAAGGGGAGAUUCCCAUCGGCAAGCCCACGGUGAAGGGUGAACCAGCCAGGAGCCCCGAAUGCAUGACUGCCAAGUUCAUCAAGCCUCCUUCCCCAGUGCCAGGCUUGCCCUUGAUCUGCCAAGGGCUGCAGAGCAUCCCUGUCAGAGUCUCCUUGCGGGGCCCAGCUGGGACCACCGAGAAAACCAAAAGCGUCCACUCCCAGACCAUCGAGACAGCCUUGGUGCCCUGUGAUGCUUGCACCAGUGUCCAGGGCAGCUUGUGGGAGGUGGGCAAGGUGGUCAUCAGCCUGUGUCAGAGCCAGAACCUGCCUUCGUCCUUGGGCCAGUUCCAGAAGCUGGUGCAGGACAGCAUGGGGCGCAAACCACUGCCAGCUGCCACCAUGGGCCACUGGGCAGCAGAACAGAGUAAAGACCUGACUCGUCUCAAUAAGCACGUGGGAGCCCUCACCCAACUUAUCGGGCCCCUCAGGGCCCAGCUGGAAGAGGCUGAGGGCCAGAAGGACGGGCUACGGAAGCAAGUGGGCAAGCUGGAGCAGGCUCUGCAGCAGGAGAGAGGAGCAUGGCAGCGGCAGACAGAGGAGGCUGAGCGGAGCCUGGCCGAGUGCGAGCGUGACAGGCAACAGCUAAUCGCAGAAACGUGUGGCCUAAAGGCAAAGGUGACCAAUCUGGAGGGAGACCUGGAGCAGCAGCAGAAGUCCAUGCAGGCCAUGGUGGCAAAGACCCAGCAGCUGGAGGAGGAAGGUAAGCGGAGGGCAGCAGCUGAGAAGCAAGUGCAGCAGCUGGAGGAGCAAGUGCAGCUGCUGGCAGGGCGGCUGGAUGGGGCUGGGCAGCAGAUCCGCUGGGCCAGCACAGAGCUGGACAAAGAGAAGGCCCGAGUUGACAGCAUGGUCCGUCAUCAGGAGUCCCUGCAGGCCAAGCAGAGGACUCUGCUCCAGCAGCUGGACAGUCUGGACCAGGAGCGGGAAGAGCUGCGGGGAAGUCUGGAUGAGGCUGAGGCCCAGCGAGCUGAGUUGGAGGAGCAGCUGCAGAGCCUCCACAGCGACAGGGAACAGGGACAGUGCCAGCUACAGGCACAGCAGGAACUACUGCAGAGCCUGCAGCGGGAGAAGCAGGAGCUGGAGCAAGUAACUACAGACCUGCAGCUGACCAUCUCGGAGCUGCAACGGGAGCUAGAGGAACUAAAGGAGCGGGAGCGACUGCUGGUGGCCUUCCCAGACCUGCACCAGCCCACGGAGGCCCAGAUUCAAAACUCCGGCAAUGUUACCCAUGACAUGGAGAGGCAACUGCAAGCCAAUGGUACCCGUAUCCAGAUCCUACAGGAAGAGAACAGGCGGCUCCAAUCAAUGCUGACCAAAAUCCGAGAAGUGGCCCAACAGGGAAGCCUCAAAAUGAUCCCACAGGGCCAGCUCUGGUCCCCUCCCUACAAGGACACCCAGGGAGAGGUACCCCCAGCCCAAGCACAGAAUACAUCUCCAGGGCCCAUGGGCAGACGGCAGUCUCCUGGCAGCAGGCUGAGCAGCACAGGCAGGACCCACCCAGGAGGGUCCCGAGCAUCCCCCUCUAGGCAGCCCUGCAACUGGCCCAGCAAGUCCUCUUUGGAGGACAGAACCCACUCAGCCACCUGCACCCAGAACCCCAUCCGAGCCCUGGCCAGGCUCAGGAGGAAACUCUCACCGAACCGAGGUCAGGCUGGCUCUACAUACCAACCCCAGGAAUGACCCACCUAACCUGAAGCAGGGGUAGGGCUGGAGGGCAGGCGGCUAGCAACCCCCAUGGAAUAAAAGCCCCAGCCAUCUGCCCACA